UGUACGACGAGAGUCACUUCGUCAGAGCAGAAGUUAUCAAGUGCCUAAGACGCAUCGCUUCAAGGGGGGACAUGGAAUGUGCAAGACAUCUCAUGACUUGGUUGCGCAAAUCAUGGGAGUACGGGGUUGACGGGGAGCAUGUGGUGGCGAUCAAACGCGACUGUGCGGAGCUGAUUAUCGACCUCCUGGGAUUUCAGCAAACGGAGAAGAUAGACAGGUUGUUCCUCGCGCUGGAGAAGCCCUUGGUACACAUGCAGAGGAACAGGAUAGCAGAGUUCGAAGACGAGCUGGUCAGUCGGAAGCUGAUCCCCCGCUACGAUGGGUACCGACAGCUUGUGAGAGACGUGGCAGAGAUGCAGCCGCAAGGGAACUACAACCUCACGCAUAUCUUUGCUGCCAUCAGGAUACAGCGAUGGAUCCUGCGGCUGGCGAGGAAGCUGAGGAACAACCCGACGAGGAUGCAGAACAAGUUCAGGAUCCUCAACAAGGAGAAACAACUGAAGAUGAAGACUCGAUGGAAGGACGGCCCUGAAAGCAAGCUCAAGAUUCCAGACUUUCUCAUCAGCGACCAUUAUGCUAUGGACGAAGACGAUGCGGAGAAAGUCAUUCGCAGGCUCGUCCCUGCUAACGUGAGGACAGCAGCGAUCGCCAUGGCGCACGAGAGGUUCAUGGCGAAGGAGGAGGACUCGAGGCUGUGGGAGAGGAUGGCAUGGACCGAGCGUCUGAGGCUGUGCGAAGUAAUCUAUGGAAAGACCAUGACAAAGCCAUGAAUGUACAUGUCAAAACUAUUACGAACUGAUUAAAAGAGGUCCAACC